AUGGCUGCUGAAAGAGUGCUGAAUGGACUGAACGAGUUGAUCAGGGAGGCGGUGCUGGCAGCAGUGAGAGAGGAGCUGGCUGCCCACAAGGAGGAGGUGAAUGAGCUGCGGCACACUUCGAGUGUUGUGAACGAGAGGAACAAGGCAGCUGAUGCUGUGAUCCAUGAGAGGGAGAGGGGGCUGGCACCAGUAAAGGGGGAGUUGGCUGAGCAACGGGAUGUGGCUGAGAGAAGAGAGUUGGAUAUGCGAGAGAUGAGGGAGGAGCUUCUUGCAGAGCUGGUUGCAGUGAAGGGGGAGUUGGCCGCGGUGAAGGGGGAGGUGGGUGAGGUGAAGGGUGGCUUGUCUGAGGUGAAGGGGGGUUUGGCUGAGAUGAGAGGAGGGCUGGCUGAGAUGAAGGGGGGGUUGUGUGAGCACAAGCAGUCAACUGCAUUGCAGCUGGAGGAGGCUGAGAGGAGACGUAUGGCGGAGAUUAAGGAGAUACGAGGACAGGUGGAGGAGAGGGAGAGGGAGCUGGCAGUAGUGAAGCGGGAACUGGCUGCGUUGAAGGAUGCAAUGAUAGAACAAUUGGGUAUAGCUGAGAGAAGCAGGGAAUCGGAAUUGAGAGUUCUAUUAGAGGAGGUUACAAAGAAAGCGGAUGAGAUGAAAGCGGAGUUGGCAAGGGAGAGGGAGCAGGCAGUGGAGGAGUUUAUUGGGCCACGUGCCAUGGAGGAAUUGUCAUACUGCAGGAGAUGGCAACAUGUUGACCUGGAAAUCAGCCAGAGUGAAGGCGAUCGAAGGGAUGCAUGGGAGUGUGCAGUGAAGGGAAUUGCGUGA